GCCAAAGUACGUAUUUAAACGUAUAGAACCAUUUUCUUCCGUAUUUAAAAUAUACAUAUCGCUCAUCGCUUGAAGCGACGUAACGGGCAGUUUAAUGUGUCAGCUCACCUUCUGUGUUGGUGAUGAAAAGUGAUGACUUGCUCUCUGGAAGUUACAUCUACCAACAAAGAGGACUUGUAUACGUUUAAAGAAGAGCCGGACUCACCUUUGUCCCUGGCGCAUGUUAGAAGCUUGUCAGACACAGCGGCAGAUAGCGCAAGCGUGAACAGCAGGUCAGGUGUUAUAUGUAAGGUGUGCGGAGACAAGGCAUCUGGCUAUCAUUACGGCGUCACAUCCUGCGAGGGUUGCAAGGGCUUCUUCAGGCGAAGCAUUCAGAAGCAGAUUGAAUACAAGUGCCUUCGCGAAGGAAAGUGUGUCGUAAUCCGUUUGAAUCGCAACCGUUGCCAGCACUGCAGAUUUAAAAAGUGCGUUGCGGCUGGCAUGAGCAGAGACUCUGUGAGGUACGGAAGAGUUCCCAAGCGCCGCGAAGCUACACCACCACCAGAGACCAUGGCUGAACUCCCCAAGAGUCCCGAAUUGGAACCGGAGCAGAUGAUAGUGGUUGAUUCCUCGUCUGGAGAGCCUGAGGUUGACCCAGUGGAGGCAGCUAAAGUUCUUUCCAGGGUAGUUAUCGCUGCUCACCGGUCAUUUAAUAUGUAUACUGAAGAAAUCCGCCGCUCCAUGCAAUUGCAUGCUUCCUUCGUGAAAGAUAGCGACAACGAAGCUGGGGGCAGUAACAACGGAAACGCGGGAGGUCGUGAUUUUGUGCCGCACGUAGACGAAGCAGUUGCGGCAGCUCAACGUCUGGAGACUCAGACUAUUCUGUGGGGCAACGUCGCAUACCGUAUGACACCCGCCGUGCAACAAGUCGUCGAAUUUGCUAAGCGCUUGCCGGGAUUCCACGUACUGCCCCAAGACGAUCAAUUGAUUCUCAUCAAGGUUGGCUUCUUCGAAAUAUGGCUGAGUAGGGCUAGUCGCAUGUCUGGUACUGCAACUGCGGUGGUUUUCGAUGAUGGGACUUCUCUGAAUCACCGUCAACUUGAGUUGAUGUACGAUACUAACUUCGCGAGUGGCGUGAUGUCGUACUUGCACGCGAUGAUGCGUGUGGACAUGACUGAAGACGAAGCAGCUCUUUACUCCGCAAGUCUGCUAGUGUCGUCCGAACGCUGCGGUCUCAGCGAGCGCGAUCGUGUUGAGGCACUCUCGCGCAACGUCUACGAUGCUUUUGUCUAUGUGCUUACAGAGAACAGAACACCGGACAUUCCUGCCCGUAUGGAGAAGUUUGCUAUGCUCGGCCAACAAGUGCGAAUGCUGGGAUACCGCCACAACGAUUUGCUGUACUGGUGCCGCGUCAACUGGCGUCGCCUGCAUCUUCCAGCGCUCUUCUCCGAGAUAUUCGAUAUACCGAAAAACGAAGAGGACAGCAACUUAGAAGAACAAGAACACCAAGAGGACCAAGAAGAACAAGAACACCAAGAAGAACAAGAAGAAGACCGCCCUGGCAAUUCCGGCUAAGCACCGCGAAUCAUUUCCUUUAUUGCACUAUCUUUUCACCACGACAAUCAACGCGCAUUACUACCAUUAAAGGAAAAUUUGCGGGAUCACCGCACGAACAUAUUACAUAAUAUUAUUCAAAGCGUGGUCUCUUACUAUAAAUUUCUGAUAAAAAUUUAAAAUAAGAAUGAACUAUAUCACACUAGACUUGCCCUUCGACAGUUAUUAUAACUUCGGAUUUGAAUAAUGCAUUAUAUCAUUUAAUUAUUCAUAGCUGUCAUUUUCAGUUCUAAGACGUGUAGAAUCCGAAAGACGCGCCGAACUUUAUUUGCUUGACCACUUCUUAUAUUCGCGACGCACGUUUGACAGUCGAGAAGUGCUUUAAAGCUUUUAUUACCUUCUAAAUUUUAAUAUUAACGUAGUGACGUCAUAUCAUACCCCAUGACGUGUAUAAGAGUAGGUUUCACUUUGGUAUAUCUAAAUACGUAAAAUCAUGUAAUCGUAGAUGUAGUUUUAAAUGUAAUCUCGUUCUAUUAAGAUGCAUUUAAUUUUUUUUCUCUAUGAAUUGCUAUUAUAGUUUGGUUAUUAUUAAUUAUUAUUACGUCAAGGAAUGUGCUAUAUGAGUGGAAAUUCAGAUGCAUAUUAUCAAUCGCUAGAAAGGUAUUGUAGAGUGAUGAAAACCAACAGAGGAAUAUUUGAUUUGCGAUACUGUCAAGUCAUCGGCAGCAGUGAGCGGUAAAGAUGUUACGCUACGUUCACACGGUUACGUUUUGCCGCAUUUUAUUUUCAUCGGAUUUGGACGAACCGAAUGUUUUCUCCAAUCAGCACAUCUUGCGUUGCCAUAUCCGACAGCGAGAUCUCGAGUGAACAGAACAUCCGGUUACAAGACACGGCGAAGAAUCUCGCGAAGUUGACAUCCGAUUUUUGCGACUACAAACCCAUCAGCGCAUUCAAUACGUGUGUUCAUACGAUACAUGCUGGUGUAGAUUCAGUAACUUUCUGGAUCUUGAAACCGAAUUAAUGUCGGGGCGCAUAAGCGGGGGAGUGUAUGGGGAGAAAUUAUCAAAUAUAGGGAUAAUCAUUCUAUAGUAACUAGUUAAUAAAAAUUAGUAGAUCAUUUGUCAACGGCCGUAUAUGUAAAAUCACAAACUGUUGAUCGUCUUUGCACAUUGGGGUUAACCACAAUAUUUUUAAACGACGCUGAAGGCGAUAAUAUUAUUGCAAGACUAUUUAUUUAUGUCCAUUGCUUUCUUGACGAUGAGGCACUGUGCGCAUUCUUGCAAAAAGACCAGAUGUUGUUUUCACUCAGGAUAACGAUACGAGUCCGUUGGACACGGCAACGCAAAAUGUGCCGUGUGAACAAAAUAUUCGAUAAAAACAAUAAAAUUGGGCAAAAUGUGACCCCAUGUGAAUGUAGCGUUAAUUGUGCAAUAUAUUAAUUAAAUUAUUGCGUGUAACAUAUGUACUUGAACAAGUACAUAUCAGGUAAAAAGGACUGAUACGGAAUAAUUGUUAAAAUUAGUUUCCAAUAAUUUAUAUGAUCUAUUAUUUCGGUUUUAGUUGAAAACUGUUUAUGUUACGAAUUAAUGUUGUAUUUUCAUAUUUUAAAAAUUAUCUAUUUGUUUUGUUUAUAUAUAUUUUAUAAAAUUUUAUUGAGUUAUACGCGCGGUUUCGUGAUAGGACUGGAUCUUCUAGAUAUCGUUGGAGAUUUGCGAAUAUAGUGGGUAUUGGAUGUCGUUUGAUCCUUACAUUACUUAUAUAAAUUCGUCUGAGAUAUUAUAAUAGAAACAGAUGUUUUCUAGGAGAUCUAAAUUAUCUUGUAAGGGUGCUAAACCAAAUCAGAUAUAAAUACGAACUUGGACUGAAGAAUAUGUGAUUGGAUAUUAUUAAUUAAUAUAUUUGACGCAUAACGUACAUGCGAUUUGAGAAAAACUGCUUGCAUUUUCUUAUAUUUUCACUUAGACGUUUAGGCUUCGACUAUAAUACACAUAAUAUAAGCCUGGGAAUGUAUAAGAUUGAUAAAAUGGAAUGUUGGAAAUUUAUGUAGCUGGCUUGCUUAUUGUUUAUAUGUAGUCGUUAUAAGUCCUAUAUUUGUAGAGGUUUUCGUUUAUUAUAUUAUCAUUAGUUACUUAUUUUACUUUUAUAUUAUAAUUUGCUGAAUUUUAAAUAAAUAAUUUGCCUAUCCAA